AUGGCUGGCCCUCCACGUUCCAGGGAUACCGUCUCCGGGUUUCUAGACUUCGCCAGCCGGCGGAACAAGAAAUUCGGCGUCCGUGUCGUAGGGGUAAAAGAAGGAAUAGCUUACCCAGCCCUGCUCCCGAGUUCAUGCCAAGAUCGCACGAAUCUUAUCUCGAGCCGCUUCUCCUUGAGGGCUCAACUGUCACAGCCAUGGACGACACAAAGUCGUACCUACAUGGCAAGACACCGCAGAGAUUUCAUCAAAUGGACCAGGGGUCCAGGCAAACUCUUAAAAGAGCCGCGGCCGGACCAGACCAAUUACCUUGAGACGAAGGACAGCAAAGGCAACAUGUUGAAGAGACCUUUCCCGUUGAACCCGGAGUUCAAAAGUGAGGCCGUCUUAGAUGACAAAGCCCGCGAGAUGAUAUGGGAGGAAGUAAUGCGCAAAGGCAAGACGAUCAAGCAAGUAUCUGCCGAAUUAGGAGUUGAUAUCACAAGAGUUGCUGCUAUUGUGCGGUUGAAGGAGGUUGAGAAGGACUGGAUUUCAAAGGGCAAGAAACUGGCAACUCCAUAUUGUAAAGCAAUUCUAUCCAUGGUGCCCACCAAGUCCUUCAAAUCCGCCGAGCAACAGAAUGUGCCCUUCGAGCCCAUCAAUGAGCUGCAUAUUCACGCAUCGACGAUGAAGCAGAUUUUCUGGCCUACAUCGGAAUCUCGCCACUUCACGCGUGCUGACGCCGCCAAGGCCUUUCAUAAAGAUAUGCUUCCCGCCGACGAGCGGGUACCGCACCCUGAGUUACUCCAAAUGGAGAAGUCAUUACUCGAGGGCAAGUCCGUGUGGGAGGCGAAGGCCGAGUUUAUGGACGCUGCUGAGAAGUCGGAACGCAACGCCGCUGAGCGACAAAUGAGGAGAGCCAUGGCUGAGGAUAGCGCCACCCGCAAGUUCAACACGGAGCGCUUCGAGUUUCGGUUCAAAGAAUUCAAUUCGGAAGAUGUGGGCAGAGAUGGCCGGCGCAAAAAGGCGGUCGGCUGGAAGUACGGAAUGCCCUCGUACGAUCGUAUGAAGGGUGCCAUCAAGAUUCCUACCAAGGUUCCUCAGAUUGGAUGGUCAUGA